AUGGGUGGCACGGCUGCGUCCAUCUCCAAGACCGCCGCGGCUCCCAUCGAGCGCGUCAAGCUCAUGAUACAGAACCAGGGUGCCAUGCUCGCCGCUGGUCGGCUCGAGCGCCCGUACACUGGCAUCGUCGAUUGUUUCAAGCGCACCGUAGCUGACGAGGGUGUCGUCUCCUUGUGGCGCGGCAAUGGCACGAACGUGAUUCGCUACUUCCCGACGCAGGCGCUCAACUUCGCAUUCAAGGACAACUUCAAGAAGAUGUUCGGCUUCAAGAAGUCGGAGGGCUACUGGACCUGGGUCGCGGGUAACAUCGCCUCCGGUGCCGCAGCAGGUGCUUCAGGAAGCGUCUUCGUCUAUUCCCUGGACUAUGCUCGUACGCGUCUCUCGGCCGACGGGAAGAGCGCUACCAAAGGCGGCUCUCGCCAGUUCUCUGGCCUCGUUGACGUCUACAAGCAGACGCUCAAGUCAGACGGCAUCCUAGGCUUGUAUCGCGGCUUCGUGCCUAGCGUUCUUGGUAUUAUCGUCUAUCGUGGUCUUUAUUUUGGUGGUUAUGACACAGUCAAGGACACUUUUCUGGUUGGAUCCCUCCGAGGCAACUUCUUCGCGAAUUUCGCUGUCGGAUACUGCUGCACCACCGGCGCAGCGCUCGCCGCAUACCCGCUUGACACGAUUCGUCGCCGCAUGAUGAUGACUUCGGGCGAGAAGGUCCAAUACAAAUCGUUUGUUGACGCAGGACGCCAAAUCAUUGCGAAAGAAGGCGCCAAGACACUGUUCAACGGCGCAGGUGCCAACAUCCUCCGUGGAGUUGCUGGCGCUGGUGUCCUCGCGAUCUACGACAAAUUCCAGGAGCUCGCUUGGGGCAAGGUUUAUGCUGCUGGCUCUGGGUAA